CACUCUCUCUUCUUCUCAGCGCCGCCUGCCUACUCUCUCUCUCUGCAGAGCAGCAAUGGCGUUCAUCAAGGCCUCCAAGCCCCGCGCCUACUUCAAGCGCUUCCAGGUCAAAUACAAGCGCCGCCGUGAGGGCAAGACCGACUACCGCGCCCGCAUCCGUCUCAUCAACCAGGACAAGAACAAGUACAACACCCCCAAGUACCGCUUCGUCGUCCGCUUCACCAACAAGGACAUCGUCGCUCAGAUCAUCUCCUCCACCAUCUCCGGCGACCUCGUCCUCGCCUCCGCCUACUCCCACGAGCUCCCCCGCUACGGCCUCCACGUCGGCCUCACCAACUACGCCGCCUCCUACUGCACCGGCCUCCUCCUCGCCCGCCGCACUCUGAAGAAGCUCGAGAUGGACGAGGAGUACGAGGGAAACCUCGAGGCCACCGGCGAGGACUUCUCCGUCGAGCCCGGCGAGAGCCGCAGGCCCUUCCGUGCUCUUCUUGAUGUCGGACUUGUCCGCACCACUACCGGAAACCGCGUCUUCGGCGCGCUGAAGGGAGCUCUGGACGGCGGGAUCGACGUGCCGCACAGUGAGAAGAGGUUCGCUGGAUUCUCCAAGGACUCGAAGAGCUUGGAUGCCGAGACGCACAGGAAGUACAUCUAUGGAGGACACGUCGCGGCUUACAUGGGGACUUUGAUUGAGGAUGAGCCGGAGAAGUACCAGACUCACUUCAGCGAGUACAUCAAGAAGGGGAUUGAGGCUGAGGGGAUUGAGGAGCUGUACAAGAAGGUGCAUGCUGCGAUUCGGGCGGAUCCUCUGGAGAAGAAGACUGCCAAGCCGGAGCCCAAGCAGCACAAGAGGUUCAACUUGAAGAAGCUGACUUAUGAGGAGAGGAAGAACAAGUUGAUCGAGAGGUUGAAUGCCUUCAACUCGGCUGCUCAAGGGGAUGAGGACUCUGAUGACGAGUGAGGAUCGGCGUCCGAUGGGAUGUGAGAUCUUUUUGCUUAUUGUUAUUUUGUUAGACAGCAGCUGCUUUUUAUGUUAUGACUCUAAGAUGGAUUAUGUCUUUUAUAUUUUCAAGUAUUUGGUAUUUAUGUUGUUUGAGAUACUCGCUAGAAAUGCAAUUCAAGUUUUUGCUAGUGUUGUUAUUCAGGGUCCGUUUAAUUGACAGGUUAAAUUUUGUCAAGUCAAGUAGUUGACACUUGGUUCCAACACUUGCUAGUGUUGUUGCCCAAGUCCUGGUUUAUUUGAUGGUUGCAUUCUGCCGAGUCAAGUAGUUAACACUUGGUUUGUGCUUGAUUGGGGUCUGAUGGAAUGUAAACAUGCUUGGUUUUGUUUGUUUCCUUUGGACUGCCCUUUAAUAUUGUAGUGCAAGAUGUGAUCUAUUGUAUAA